AUGGAUAUUAUGGCCAAUCUUUUUACAAAAUUCACAUCUUCCCAAGCUGUCUUAAUAAAACCAGAAACGCACAUCGGAACCAGGCUGCGUCCUUUCCACCUAUAUUUCUUCAACCCUCUUACCGCCCACCUCCAAUUCAACCAUGACCCUGGCAUAGUUACACGAGUUCUGCAAUCAAUUGCCAUCGGCCCACCAGCUGCUUUUGCCAUAAUAAGCAAAACCUUCUCGUGCCAUACUCUGGGGGAUUCUCAAACUGAAAAUGCCUUCUCACAUUAUUGGGAAGAGCAUAUUGGUCUUCUAGACCCUCCACAGUGGUUAAUUUCAAAGACUUCUCCAUUAAGCCUUGAUCAGCUGGCAGUGUUUAUGAAACUUAUGGAGGAAAAUGAAUUGGCUUCCCACAUGCAUUCAUUAUGUGAGCAGGCUAAUGUUGUUUGUUCUACAAAUGCACUGAUGAAGAAGAUUUACGACACAAACUUGCCAUCAAUAAUCCCAUUGACUGAUGCCAAAAAGAUAUAUGAAGGCCUUCCAAAGGAAACACCCUUGUCAAUUGCCAGCCAAGGGGGAUUGCUCUUUUUCGGGAGUCAGAUCGACGAAUUAAAGAAGCUUUUUGGUGUGGUGGAUGAUUCAAACAUGGAUGAGUACAUUCAAGACACCCUCAAGAUAUGUGAGAAAAGCUCCAUUCAAUGCUCACAUUGCACUUGUGCUACUUCUGCUGAGGAUCUCAUUGAUUUUAUUAUUGAGAAAUUAGGGCAUCAUGUAGGAAUAUGGAGUACUGAGAAUGUUGAAGAAUCUUAUGAGAAUGUCACAGAUGGAGCUAUGAAACUAAUAUAUGGAAAUCUCUCUGAACCACCAGUCAUAUGUCAUAGUCAACCAUUCCCAUUUCAAGUCUAUUUUUGCCACAUUUUACAAAAAGUGAAAGCAUAUACAGUUGAUAUACAUGCCAGGAAGAAGGGGAAUGAUGCUAUCAUGGCAUGCCACUAUGAUACAUCAACUUGGAAUCCGAACCAUCUUGCUUUUAAGCUGUUGGGUUUUGGCCCAGGCCCAGUUAUUGAAGUCUGUCAUUAG